AUGGCUGUUUCCUUCUCGUCGCUCGCAAAGUACUACCUCCUCGCAUCCCUCGCUGCAUUUGCAUCCCUCUACGCCCUCAACGCGCGUACCUCCAUCUACAUGCUGCUCGUUGCUGUGCUAGGUGUCGGCCUCGUGCCUCUCAUGACACUCUUCGUCUCCAUCUCCCUCACAAAGAUCUUCGUCUCCUCCUCCCUCAGAGCCCUUCGAGCUGCACUCAGGCUGCCCUUUAGACUCAUCAGGCACGCUCCAAAACUCGUGAGGCGAUGCUUCGAGUUUCCUAUUAUUCUUACCUUUUUCCUGUGGUUCAGGCUGCUUGUGUUUUGGGAUCGUUUUGUACUACGGCGCGCAUUGCAGUACUCGUCUGUCGGUAGACAUGCAUCGGGUCGUCGCAUCUCUGUUGUCAAUAGCACAGCACCGACAUUCGAACCCAUGAACUACUUUGCCGAUUCAGAAGAGUUUGAUGUACGCACAGCCCUCUCGCUUGCUAAUUUCGCAAAACUGGCGUAUGAGGAUAAGCCCGUCAUCUUGCAUGAAUUGAAAAAGGCGGGCUUCGAGACGGAUUCCUUCAGGACAGUCUUUUACCAAAACACAUCAGCUUUUUUGGCCGUCAAGGAUGGUGUAGUGGUCAUUAGCUUUCGUGGCACAGAACCUCUCAAUCUCAUGCAUGUCAUGACGGAUCUGAAGGGUCGACUUGUCAAGAUUGCUGAUCUCGAUGAUUCAGACGAACAUGCCGGUCGCGUGCACUAUGGCUUUCUCAAGGCACUGCGAUUGCACCGAAAAGAUCAACCAAAACCGCGCAAUACAUCAGGUGAUACAUCUGCCAGUGAAACAGAAGGCUCAAACAAGCGACCCGCCAACAAGCGCAAGACGAGUCGGCUCGUGCAUGACGCAGAGGAUAGCAUCGGUUCCAUCUUUUCUGCUUUGCUCAGUCUGCCUGGCUUACUGACCCGUUCAGCUGCUAGCUUCGUCAUGCAGCCGAUUGAUGUCAACUUUCCACUCAGUCGCAACAAAAUCACUGCUUUUGAGCAGAUUCAAAAGGUCCUCGAAGACUACGAUACAAAGUAUGACAUUGAAAAGAUUUUCGUUACUGGACACUCACUUGGCGCUGCCCUGUCUGUGGUGUGGUAUGCACAGACCCUCCUCACCUCCUCGCCCCUCGUUUCAAAACUCGCCGACAAAAUUCACGUUUGUGGCUUUGGUACGCCGAGACUUGCCGACAAGCAAUUCAAGCGAUGGAUGGAUCACAAGGGAUACUCGAAGAAUAUAUGGAAGGUGGUGAAUGCGCAAGAUAUGGUGCCACGACAGCCUGGCUUGGCGCAUGAUCCGCUUCGUUUUCUCAAGUUGGAGUUUGCAGAGUGUCCGGGUAUGACGGUGCAUCUACGUCCUCUUAUGGAGGAGACUCAACAAGCCCUCCAGGAAGGCGCCUCCCUCAAGACCCCUCAUCGUCAAGACUCCCUCAAGAUCCAGGAGAGUAUCGCAGCAUUGGACGAGAGCGACGGCAGUGAUGAAGCCCAAGGUUAUGUCACCUACAAAGAUGGCUAUGUUCCGCCCAUGCGUUUCUGGACACUCUCUGGUCUUCUUUCUAUGCACACCAUUCGCAUUAUUCGCAGCAGUAAAGCAAGCUGGCUCUGGAUCGCAGCGCGCAUCUUUAUCCCCUUUGUCAUGUUUGACCAUAUCCCUGGGGAGUAUACACGUGUCUUGUCUGAGAUUUGGGAGGAGAGUGAUGAAGCGUUUGCUGAGCGACAAUUGGGAAAGGAUACGAGCAUGCCGAAUGGUCAUGCACGCCCUGCAUUUACACGGAAACGCUCAAAAGUAUUGACUGGCCCUAUGCAAGCUUAA